AUGGCCGCCCGGACCGUCUUCCUGCUGCUGCUGCUCCCGGCGCUGCCCCCGGCCACGCCCGACACCCCCGGUCCCGACUGCCGCCUCCGCUGGGUGCCGGUGCCCCUCCCGCGGGGGGCGGGGCGGUGCCGCACGAGGGACGUGACGUCUCUGGGCGCAUGCGCGGGGCACUGCGAGUCCCGCGCCGGCCCCGCCCCCCGCGCACUGCUGGACGCCGGAGGCCGCCCCCUGCUGGCCGAGGCGCGCUGCUGCACCAUGGAGCACGUGACCAGGGUGCAGGUGACCCUGCGCUGCCCAGGGGGGACGCGGCGGCUCCGGACCGUGUCAGCCGGGUCCUGCAGGUGCGACAUGUGCCGGCUGGGCCGGUACUGA